CCUGGUAAGAAUGGCAUCCGGGUCCAAGUAAUUCUGCUUGAAGAGGGAGAGAAGGGGGAAAAAAGUAAACAACAAUAAGACAGGUGAGAAAGAGAAAGCAAAAUUGGGAGGUAAAACACACCCUAAACCCACCAGCUCGGCCCUCCCUUGCCCUCAUUGUCUCCUCCUCUCCUUGUGUGACUGCUGAAGGGAGGUGCUCAGCCGGGAGCAGGGAGAGACAGCCAGCAGCUCCAAGGGACAGACACAAUGUAAGAUGUAUGGGAGUCAGAGCAGAGCUGGAAUGGGGUGCUUUGUACAGUAGAUUGCUUUGCGGACCUGUUUUCUAGAGGGAACGCUAAGGGCUGGACACAGGAGACGGACACAGGAAUUCCAGGUCACAAGGGCUCCUGUGGCAGAUGUGUUGGCUGAGUUGGGCUGGUAUUCCAACCUCUCCUUCUUAUGAUCAUGAGUAACACAGAGUAGCACCAAGGAGGGAGUAAACAUACACAGGAACUCUUGAGAGGUCAUAAAAGCUGGUGUUGUACUUCAGAGGUAGACGCCCGGCCUGAUCCCUCAUGAUGGGGUCCUCUCUGGAGUUUGCCUGUUUGCUGCUGCUUGUCUCCUCUUUGGGGAAGAACCAUUUUUUGGUGCUUGGGGGUUGUUCAGGGAAAUGUUGCAGAGGCAGAGACUUGAGCUGCACAACCACAGACUGGAGGAUGGAUCGAGUGUAUGGGACAUGCUACUGUGACGAGGGCUGCGUCAGGACCAAGGACUGCUGCUUUGACUAUUUCACACAGUGUCCAGGUGAGGGAUGAAUGAAUGGACGAGCCGCUGAGCAUAUGAACGAAUCACAGAGAGAGUCACUUUAUGUAUUUUUGUACUCAACUUAACUCUAUGAAACCUGUGAGAGAUAAGCUGUGACACAAGAUAACCUGAUUAUCUUCUGGAUGUGUCUAUAGGACAGAAAGUAAAGAUAGCUGCAGGAGAAGGAUUGUUUUCAGCACCUUGUUGUUACAGAUACGGCGAGGGUGGAUCCAGUUUUAUCUGAGGCAUGUGAAAUUGUUUGCCUACAUUAAUCACACAGUUGGGGACCCUGUCAAACUCUCAUGUGGGCUGUAUUCCUCGCAGUCGUUCUCGUUCCAUGCAUUAAUAACACAAUGUAAAUAUUUACUUUGCUUUUUAGGCAUGUGUAAUGUCUGCUCUGUCAGAAAAGGGCAAUAAUCACUGCAGUAAAUAUCCCCGGCCACUCUGUGCCUAACCUCAUUUCAGUGGACUGGCCCACAUAAUGGAAUUAGUACAAAUAUUUGAAGAAUGUGAUUCUGUCAAUCAGUUGUAGCAAUUACAGUUGCAGUCAAACAAGCCGAGCGUACCUAAUACAUGUGAUAGGCUGGUGGACACCAAAUCUGCAUGCUUAAUACAUCAAAGCUUGAUCAUCAAGCAGAGAGAGGAACUGAAAAGAGAAAUCACAGGACCCGGUGAUUGAAUGGUUGCUCACUUGGCAUGCUCUCAGAGUGCAUGUAGCAGAGCAAGAAACACUAAUUCUACAAGUCACAAUCAAUGCUUCAUUGAGCUAAAGUUAUUUCCGGGAUAUUUAGCUCCAUUACAGUGUCUCACAGGAAAAUUGUGAUUAUUCAGGCUGCAAGGACUCGGAGUCGAUGUUGGUAUUUGGUUUAACAGCCAGGGCCCAGGGGCAUGUCUUGAGGGGGGCGGGGGUGGCUUGGCCUCCUGAAAAGUCAAUUUUCUUAGCAUGUCAGUGAAGAACAUAUCUUUUAGUUUAUGACAUUUAACUCAGGUCAAUAUCCUCUAAUUGUAUCCUCUUGUUUAUAUGAAGGUGUCAAAGUAGAAAAGAAACAAUAUUAAUCAGCUCUAUGUGUACACACAAGUCAGUGCCUUGCUAACAUCAAUUGAGUUUAUUUGCUACAAGAGGGGAUAUCCUGUAAUUACUCACUCUUCAACAAUACGGGUGUCAACAUCCAGCUCAGGACUGUGCAGUGAGCAGCUGGAGCUUUUGGAGUGGCUGUGCCAAGCCCUGUCGGCCCUCAGUGCGAGUUCGGGUCCGACAUGUGGAGCAGCUACCCGGCAACAGUGGGGAGCCCUGUCCCAGUCUGGAGGAGCGGAGCGGCUGCAGAGAGUACAGAAACCACCAGGGCAAACCUUGUGGACUCAACUCAGGUAUAAAGAUAUAUUUGUCUUGUAUUGAUUUUAGGCCUCGAACUUAUUGCACCAAUCUGUACCACUAAAAAUAUCAACUGGUUUCAGGUAAAUUAACAGGUGAUAAGAAAAACCAAAAUUUAUUUCCGUGUUAGUGAAAGGUAGGAUAAGGGUCCGUCUACAAAUAAAAUGUGAUUUAAGAAACAAAACAGUUAUGAAGGGGUUGUUAACAACAGUCAGUCUAGCCUCGGUUUCAAAAAUGCAACGAGGAAAGAAAAGAGGUACCUCAAUGUCUUUAUAGUCUGCAAAGUACAGGAACUUUUUGUGAUGCACUCCUGAUUUUACAAUGUGAAACAUGAAACUGGGUUUCUUUUGUCAGGUCCUGCAUUAAUCACCAGCAUGGAGUUUAGCAAAGGAAGGCCCAAACAUGACAACUAUGGAAACCCCCUAAACCCUGGGUAUGUUUCAUAUGACGCCUCCUUUAGCGCUCUGAAAUGGCAAACACUCUUUAAAUCCAAGAGUUGAAAAGUUCACAAGAGCUGCAAGGGGUUAACUCUAUUUUAGCAGUAACCUCAACCAUUUUGAAAAAGAGAUAACAGCCCAAUGUUUUCCCCAUCUGCAUGAGCUACCAGUGUAUGUUUGCUCACCUGGAUAUCUGUCUACAGACCAUUAAAUAAAGCACUGCUGUGAGAUUGCCCACAAGCCUUUGAAAUUAAAUAUCAAGGACUGUUGCAUAAAAGCACAUGCACAAAGGUUUCGAUGACAGCGGAUGAGUUACUGUUUGCAGCUCGUGGUGCCCCCAUCAGCUGCAGUCUAAUAAAGUAUGUCUAUACCACACUGAUGGAGUAAAUUAAGUGUUAACUGUAAUCCUUCAGUAUGAUAUAUUGGUUUUGAUAUCCCGGGAAUGACUGUGUGACCCUAAUGACCCUGCUUCUGCUCCCCUCAGGUUUUGUGUGGAAUUCACUCUAGAGUCCAGGACGCCCCACUGUACAGUGCAGAACCGGCCUCACACACACUGGAUGCGCUACAUAACCGAGGGCUUUAGAGUGUGUGUGGCAUGCGAGCCUCCUGCCAUGCGAAACAAUAGUGGAAGCUGCCAAGGAGACGGUCAGGAGUCAGACAAGUAUGAGGCUAUAGGCCUUAAGUGUGUGUCCCCUCAGCUAUGUAGUGUAUGUUUUUAACCUGGACAGCUGGAUGAUUUGACUUUUGAUUUCUCUCUUUUUUCCUGCUGUUCCAAAAGUUGCAAAGAUUUGAGUAAAACAAAAAAGCCAAAACUACUUUUCGAAACCAUUUUUGGAGCAUAUCUGAGCAGAACAGGCCCUCAACUACUGUAACAUUUGUGAUCAAUGUGCUGUCUGUGGACUCCUUAAAAUACAUUGGUUAAAAAGAAGUAUGCAUAUGAUAGCAUUAACACCAUCAACUUGCUGGAUCUGUGUUGCAGAGAAGCUGUGCUCCACUGGCUGGCGGUGGGGAACCAUCAGUGCAGCGGGACAUGGAGGAAGAUCCAGAGAACCAAGCAGUGCAACUGUCCACCACAACACAGCUUCGUCUUCAUCUGAUCCAAACUAAGCAGAAAAACUCUGACCUGGGGUCCAUAAUACCGUCACAUCAGUGAAGCAGAAACACUGGACCCAGAUCAGCUUUCUGAACCCCACAGAAGCCCUCAAUACUUGAAAUGAACUUAAAAGUACAGUAGGUAGAAGAGGGGGUAUUUAGUGAUAUAUUAUGGCCAGAUUCAAGGUUGCUUUUCUUACCCCUCUCAUCCAUGAGGUGACGGUG